UUUGGAGCAUGAGGAAAUAUUCCUCAGGAGAAAUUACUGAGACUUCUGAACCUCUCCCUCCAUCCCCGUUUUACGCGAGGCAGAAGAGAAGCCCCAAGAUGAGGAGCCUCCUUCGGUUUCUGGCGCUCUGUGCUGCCGUCUCUCUCUGUGUCUGUUAUGAUUCUCGUGAAAGCACAGAGUCCGCUGAAGAUUUGUUUUUGCCCCGAAACCGUGCGCACUCRUUCAUGCCACCGAGAGGAAACACCAUUUACAAUUCACCCAGCAGGAACCGCUUCAACAUCUUCAUGAGGAACAGGAAGCCUCUGUCAGAGGUCCGUGCAGAGACCUGUGARGACUACUCUCCCUGCCGCCUGUACGCAUUUCGCUUCGGCUUCCAGCAGGCCUACCAGAGGUAUUUUGGAUCCAGAACCCCGUCACAACAAGUCUACAGACCGGCUGGGAUCCGUUCAUACUAAACUGAGAACACAGAUUAACUGAAGCAUCUGUUCCUUUAUUCAACUGUAUAUCCAUCACAUGUUCUGGUCUAAUUUAUGUUCUUGUACCUGUUGUCUGUUUGUUUGUGGAAAGAUGUCCUGAAAGAAAACACCCACAUUAACUCUUUUAUGUACUCACUGUGUAAUCUCAACAAAUCUCACCUUUUCACCAUUUACCAGCUUGAACGGGUGUGUUGGAGUACAAUAUCUGUUGGAAAAUAUUACUCCUGAUUUAUAAAGGUCAGCUUUGCUUUCAAAGUUCAUUUCCACUGCAUUUAAAGAAUAAAUUUAAAAAAAUGUU